ACUAAGGCAGUAAUUGAUAAAUGGAGUAUUCAAUCGAUAGAUGGAGUUUUGCAGCAUAAAAAUAUAAAAAAUAGGUCACAAUUGAAAUCAAAAACAUCUUUAAAGGACGUAACAGAAAGAGUGGAUGGUUAUGACUCCUAUGUGCGAG